AUGGACAUCGCCGCCGGUAUUCCUGCGCGUAAGCCCUCGCUGUUUUAGUUCUCAAAAAAUUUUCAGGUGCACAGAUUAUUCGCUCCGCUGAUGAAGACGCUGCCCAGGACGACAUUAGAAGGAAGACGGGGCAGCUGGAUGUGGUGAUCGAAAGAGCCCUCCAGGACAUUCGGGAAAAGAAGAAUGGCCUUUAUGAACUGUCAUAUUCUCUCUUCCAGGCCUGUAUCCUGACAAAUGAAAAAAUUCCGGAGAUCAAAAGGCGUUACAGGGAUUACGUACUGAGCAUAAGGAACCUUCUGACUAAUCCUGAAGUUGUAGUUCCGCCGAAUCUGAGAGAGGAACUCAAAGAACAGGCCAGGGUUAUUGUGGAGGAGUACAUUCGCAUUCUAGAUGAGAGGGUGAUGAAACAGUUUUGGGCUCCGGCACAAGACAAAGCAAGCAUGCUGAGAUUGAAGGCGGACUUCUUACGUUAUCUUAUGGAACUGUUUCCAGGCGAUGAGGCCUAUACUCGUCGCUGUCAGAUGACCUACAAGGACACUAAACUCUUUUUUGUUGAACACAGGCUCCAAAGGACGGUGGAGUGGGUCUACCUCCAAAUGAACUAUGCAGCCUUCCUCUACAUGACAGGUGCUUUGAGUGCAGCUCUUUACAUCAGUCGGCAACUAACCAAAUCCCCUGGUUUCUCACGUUGCACUAAAGAAGUCCAGAAAAGACUGCAGUCCAAUUUAAAACUCUACCAAAUGCUCUAA